AUGGCGAGGCUGGUGAGCAUGACGGAGCUGGAGGACCGCCUUCAGUGCCCCAUCUGCCUGGAGGUCUUCAAGGAGCCGCUCAUGCUGCAGUGCGGCCACUCCUACUGCAAAGGCUGCUUGCUGUCCCUGCUCUGCCACCUGGACUCGGAGCUGCGCUGCCCUGUGUGCCGGCUGGAGGUGGACGGCAGCAGCUCCCCGCCGAACCUCUCCCUGGUGCGUGUGAUCGAAGCCCUGGGACUCCCGCGGGACCCGGAGCCCAAGAUCUGCGCGCAGCACCGCAACCCGCUCAGCCUCUUCUGUGAGAAGGACCAGGAGCUCAUCUGUGGCCUCUGCGGCCUGCUGGGCUCCCACCAGCACCACCGGGUCACGCCGGUCUCCACCGUGUACAGCCGCAUGAAGGAGGAGCUUGCAACCCUCAUCUCUGACCUGAAGCAGGAGCAGAAGAAGGUGGAUGAGCAUAUCGGCAAGCUGGUGAACAACAGGACCCGGAUUGUUAACGAAUCCGAUGUCUUCAGCUGGGUGAUCCGCCGUGAGUUCCAGGAACUGCACCACCUAGUGGACGAGGAGAAGGCCCGCUGCCUGGAAGGGGUGGAAGGUCACACCCGUGGCCUUGUGGCCUCCCUGGACAUGCAGCUGGAGCAGGCCCACCGCACACGGGAGCGGCUGGUCCAAGCCAAGUGUGUGCUGGAGCAGUUUGGUAAUGAGAAUCACCAUGACUUCAUCCGGAAGUACCACUCCAUGGCCUCCAGAUCGGGAAAAAUGGAAAGAAAAAAAAGUGAAAACCUACAAAAAGCGGAGAAAUGCGCUCCUACAGGGCCCGCUUCCCUACUCUAA